AUGUUGGGCGUUACCUUGUAUCCUUGUCUCAAUCUGAACUAUGAUGAUACUGCUCAUGUAUCUCUGUACCCUCCGUGCGAUGGCCGAGCUAACUACGACCUCACCUGGGACACCCACUAUGACUGGGAAAAUUACUUCGAUCAGCUGAUGGAUGCCGGCGUGAAAAACUUCGUCCUUGGUGGGAACUACAUCGUCGAUAGCGAGAUUAGGAGGGGUCCCCCCUUCUUCCCGCCUUGGAGCGAAACCGGAUUCGCAGCACUGAGGAAGCGAGUAGACGCUAAAGGAGGGAAAAUAUACGCCGACCUGGAUCUGUACGAAGACGUCGUUUUCGACAAGGCCCUGUUCGUCAAGAGCAUGAACAACUUCACGAAGCACUUCCCCGUCCAUGGCUUCUUACUGAGCUAUCCUGACUACAGAGGCAACUAUACCGUAAAGGAAGCCUUGGAGACCAUCAAGGAGCUCAACUUUGGCUGCGGAUUUGGACUACAGCCCUAUCUCGUGGAAGAUGUGCCAGAGUUCAACACGAACAAGUUCGUCGACAAGAUCAUCGCAAAAGCGACCGCGGCUGGCGUUAACCCCAACACAGUGCUCCUUCGCAUACCUACAACUGCCAAUUCGUCGCCGGGCAACGAUGCGAGUUACGCUAGCGCGAUACUCGUCUUUCACGGGGAUCCAAAGGGGAAGGGCGCGGUCCCCAUUUCGGGCGGACGUCAACUGUACUUCUUCUCCCAGCCCCGGGCUGUUGAGAAAAUCGAAUACGUCAAGGAGCAUGGUCUCUACGGUCUUAUGCUUGAUCCCAGAUCAAUUGGCGGAGCCGAUCUAAAUGUGUCGGAUAGCCGCUCUCUCUUUUAUGCUAUUACUACUGCUAAUCUUUGA